UCCUUUUAUAUAUAUAUAUCUAUUCCUUCCCUGUGUCCAAAGUCAGCAUGCAAAGGUGGAAGAGUCCAACUUGAUUCAAGAUUCAAGGAAAAUCGCAACGAUUUGGGGGCUCCGAAGCCACAAUGAAGAACAGCGAAGAGCAGGUUCGAUCGCUUUUCGGAAUCUCCCUCUCCGACAGGCCCAAAUGGCAUCAAUUCCUCAUCUGUUCUUCUGGGUUCUUCCUCGGCUACCUUGUUAAUGGCAUCUGCGAGGAAUAUGUGUAUAAUAGGCUCCAAUUCAGCUACGGUUGGUACUUCACAUUUGUUCAAGGGUGGGUUUAUCUUGUGUUGAUUUACUUGCAAGGCUUCACCACCAAGCAAAUGGUGAAUCCAUGGAAGACUUAUGUGAAGCUCUCUGCAGUGCUUAUGGGUUCUCAUGGUCUCACCAAGGGUUCUCUGGCAUUUCUCAAUUACCCAGCGCAGCUCAUGUUUAAAUCCACCAAGGUUCUUCCAGUGAUGAUAAUGGGCGCAUUUAUACCUGGACUGAGACGGAAGUACCCACCCCAUGAAUAUGGGUCUGCUGUACUUCUAGUUGUGGGUUUGAUCCUUUUCACUCUGGCAGAUGCUCAAACUUCGCCCAACUUUAGUGUCGUUGGGGUUCUAAUGGUGUCCGGUGCAUUAGUGAUGGACGCCUUUCUUGGGAACCUUCAAGAAGCAAUCUUUACCAUGAAUCCCGAAACAACGCAGAUGGAGAUGCUGUUUUGUUCGACAGUGGUUGGUAUGCCUUUCUUGAUUCCACCCGUGCUCUUGACAGGAGAAUUAUUCAGAGCAUGGAGAUCGUGUUCACAGGUAGAUCUUCAAGUUCCAAAACUCUCCUUUCUGUCUUCCUUCCAUUGCCCUUUGCAUCUUCUGAAAAUGUUUUCGUUGUCCUUGCAGCAUCCUUACGUGUAUGGCGUGCUGGUUUUUGAAGCAAUGGCUACGUUUGUUGGUCAAGUCUCUGUCCUUUCCCUCAUCGCCAUUUUUGGUGCUGCUACGACAGCAAUGGUAACAACAGCCCGAAAGGCUGCAACAUUGCUUCUAUCGUACAUGAUAUUUACAAAGCCAUUAACCGAACAGCAUGGGACUGGCCUUCUGCUAAUAUCCAUGGGCAUCAUACUGAAGCUUUUGCCCGAGUACAAGCCCCCUAAACGCGCCCUGCCCUCAUCUUCCGUCGCUGCGCUCAAGAAACCUCCUCAUCAUGACGACGAAGAGAACAUAACUCGAUUUCAGGCUGAAGAAGAUGAAGAAGAGAGGAGGCCCUUGGUCUGAAAACAAGAUGUCUUGAUAGUGAUUUGCUCAUUUCUUGAAGAUUUACAGGUAUAAGAAUAAGAAGCUUGCAGCUUUCCCCUUUGUUCUUGGCAUUAUUGGAUGGUAGGCAAUAGCUUUUGUAGAAGUUGUAAAAUGGUCCCCUUUUUCUUUAUCUUUGAAUCAAAAUGAUGAUGGAAACAAGUUGGAACUCUGCCAAUUUGUUCUCUGUAAAUUGAUUUGUGCUUAGCUUUGAAGCAUCACAUUAGUUAUUUGUUCCAAAUGUGUGCUAUAUGCCCCAUUUUUUGGUGUUGAAA